CCCCUAGUGGCCUGCACAUAUAAAAUUCAGCAGUUUGCACUUUUCUACUUACAUACUCACUAACUACACGAGGACAAACAGUUACCUACAGUAUUUAUCAUUUUUAAAAAGUUAGUUUAGCAAGGAUAUACUUUUGAACUUUGUAAUUUUUGAUAAUCAGCCAUGAGUAGUCCAGUCAGCACCCCGUACUCCAGUCUCUUUGACGUGAGUCGUUUGGACGAUACCCCGCCAGCACGACCUCUUUACUCCAUGACGCACCCCCUCUCCUACUCCCGGGACAUGUGGAAGUGUUACCCCUACGGUGCCUACCACGCCCUUUACAGCAGUUAUUACUAUGGGAAUAGUUCGUGCCUCUCCCCGGAGCGCCUGAUGCUGGGAGUGCCGAGUCAGCAGACGACAGGGCUCGAUCUCUCAUGUUCCUCCUCCAGCUUGCUUUCAGACGACAACCUCUCGCCCGAAAAGCGCUCUUUUUCGGACAUGUCGAUUGAAGAGGAAAAGAAGUCCCCCAAGCCUUUUGACUUCCACCACAUGGCGGAAUCAGUGAUGAGAGACGAGGAGGGAUCUGACGACAAAUCACCCAUCAACAAGGACCCCCUCAUCAUCAGCCACGCCCUGGAGUACAUCUCUUAUCUGGAACAAGCAAGACUUUCGUACAUGCCACUCAAGUUCCCCCUCCACCUCCAAAAAUGUAGUUCCCUCCCGGAACGAAGAGGAAGGCGCCACAAAAAACAGAAGAAAGAAUACAUCUGUAAAUACUGCGGACGCCAUUUUUCCAAAUCGUACAAUCUUCUGAUCCACGAGCGCACGCACACGGAUGAACGCCCCUUCCCCUGUGACAUCUGUGGCAAGGCCUUCAGGCGACAGGAUCACCUCAGGGACCACAGGUACAUUCACUCCAAGGAAAAGCCCUUUAAGUGUGUUACUUGUGGGAAGGGAUUUUGUCAGGCCAGAACACUAGCUGUCCACAAACAGACCCACGAGCAGGUGUCGUAGAGGCAGAUCCAUAGGAUGGGUUUCUUGGUGCAUCUGAAGUCUCGUGCUCAGAUAUUAGCGCUGGACGUUCUACAAUCCGAUCCCUGAUUUACGUGUAGACAGUUCGUUCCCAGAAACAGAGUUUCGCUCAGAGUAAAACGAAUUGUUAUUGGGUCGGUGAACACCAGCGUGACAGAGACAGUGCUGCUUUAAUAUUGUUAAGUUGUGGUUUGUUAAAAAUUUGUUAGUGUAUUUUUGUUGUUUUUUUAUUAUGCAAUGACCUUGUGUAUGCAUGUUCAAUUCAAACAUGCAAUUUAUACAUACGAAACAUUCCAGAGAGAGAGAGAGAGAGAGAGAGAGAGAGAGAGAGAGAGAGAGAGAGAGAGAGAGAGAGAGGUUUUGUACAUAUAUAUGAUAUGAAUAAAUUAAAUUAAUUCACAAAAGUUAA